AAACAAGAGAAAGUCCGGCAUAAGGCGAAAAAAAGAGAAGAAGAAAGGAGAGAACGUCUUCAGCUUAAGUCAAAACUAGUGAGUAGCAUUGGCAUUCAAACUGAUCAGGUAGCGUCAAGUCAAAUUAAGUCGAGGGGUGCACAAAUGGUUAUUGCGAGCCGUGAAAGAAAUCCCAACGUCGUAGGAAAAGUAAAUACUCAAACAGCAAAGCCUGUCGUCGUUUCAAAGCCGGCGUAUAAAAGUGCACCACUAAUAAGGAACCAAGACUUGACCAAGCCCGCGGAGGGAUAUCCAGUGUCGGUAGGCGAGGGGAGCUUCGGUACAUGCGAGUUCAUGUUUUAUCGAGGAAAUAUUCCAGUGGUUGUUAAAUCGUACAAGUCUCACGUUUCCCGGGAUGAAGUAAAUGCAGAGGCUUCAUCACUCAUGGAAUUGCAAAAGCCAAGCCCUCAUCCAUGCUUGCCCUUACUCCUGGGAAUCCAUGUAGCUGAUAAGCCAUACCUCCUUGUGACUCAGUUUCACGGAAAUGGGCAAACAAGCCACACUGUAUCAAGUGCAAUCCGGGCCUCCCUACUGGAAUCGGGCAGGGAGUGGUAUCUUUUCCUUGAAAAGCUCGUGAAGGCAGUUUCUUUUAUGCACUCUAAACAAUGGCUACAUAAUGAUAUUAAGCACAAUAAUGUAGUUUGUCACUUAUCCCAGAAAAUUUGGCAGCCGGUUCUGAUUGACUUUGGAAAGAGCUUGAAAUUUGUAGAUGCAAGGAAAACCUCAAUGAAAAGGUGUCCCAAAGAUUAUCCUUGGAUUGCGCCCGAAAUCGUAAAGGGGGAAGCAAGAAAGAGCAUCGAGGGAGAUGUUUUCUCUCUUGGAUAUCUUAUGAAAUACGUAGCCCACAGGGUCGCUGAGUGCCGCAGUGCACAUUUCUCAGAUUUGUACAACAAAUGUAUGAGCAUCAUUCCUUCUCACAGGCCUUCACUACAAUUUGUCGCUAGAGAACUUCAC